AUGGGUAAUAAAAUCACAGAGCUAACACAGGCCAAGGAAGGUCUUAAGCAUAAAUGCGAAGAACUGAGUGAACGGGCAAAAGUUCUAACAGAGUUAUUGCAAGAUUCUGAACAGCAGGCCGCCGGCUUAGAAGAAGCAUUAAAAAGUAAAGGAGUAAGGGAAGGCGACGUAGAUAAAUUAUUAAACCAAAGUAUAAUGGAGGGAGAAUUACACCGUAAAACAGUGAAAAAAUUACAGGGACAGGUGCAGCAUUUGACGAAAGAUGUGGAGCAAUUGAAAACUGACGAAGUAGCAAGCAUACUAACCGUAACUCACUGUGCGUCUGUUGCAGCUCGGUCUACAUUUACUCUGCGUGACGUUGAAGAUUCCUUGACUUUAUUCUCGGGAUCAGAUCAACCUACGUUCGAGCAAUGGGUAGAAGAUUUUGAGGAAAACGCCGCAGCUGUAGAAUGGAACGAUGUGCAGAAAUUCAUUUAUGCAAAGCAGUUGUUAAAAGGAACUUCAAAAUUAUUUAUCCGCAGUCAACGUAAUGUAAACAAUUGGAAAAUGCUAAAAGAGACGCUGAAGAAUAAAUUUGCUGUACAAAUGUCUGCAAUUGAUGUUCAUCGUGCGCUGAGUAACCGACGAAAACGACAUGAUGAAAAAUUGCUUGAAUACCUUUACAGCUUGAUGGAAAUUGGGAAGGCCACAAAGUUAGAUGAAGCAAGUAUAAUUGAAUAUUUUAUCGAAGGAAUACCUGAUUCAAGAAUGAAUAAAGCUGUUCUAUAUCACGCCAAAGGCAUCAGAGACUUGAAAGAAAAAAUUAAAAUUUAUGAAAAAAUUAAAGCACUGAACACGAAAUACCAAUGUACCAAGGUGAACAAAACCGCGCCAGUGCCAUCAAGCAAGGAACGGUCGAAUUCAAACAGUAUAAAAAAAUGCUAUUCGUGUGGUGAAGAUUCACAUUUUGCAAAACACUGUCCAAAUAGACGUAUAAAAUGUUUUAAAUGCAACCAAAGGGGUCAUAGAUCAUUUGAAUGCAAAGUGAAGGUAGAAGCUGAAAAGAACGGCUUAUCGUUAGCAUCAGAAGCGGAACAAACUACUUUGGGUUCCUACAGUAAUCGUCUUUUCAAAAACCUAGUGAUUAAUGAUUUUCAAUUUACUGCUACAGUCGAUACCGGAAGCGAUAUCAGUUUUAUCAGAUAUGACGCGUUGAUGAAAAUGGGAGACAAUGAGUUGAGCAAAGCAUCGAAAAGUUUUAGUGGUAUUGGAGGAAGCCAGAUAACAACAGUAGGCAGUUUCGACAAAGAUGUUAGAAUUGACGAAGUCAUUCUGCGAGUUACAUUUCACGUUGCUAAGGAGAGAGACAUACUGUAUCCCGCUGUACUGGGAAAUGACAUUUUGAAAAACGUUGAUAUGAUAGUAAAUAACACGAAUACGAACGGUACAGAAAAAUAUCAAAAGAAUAAUGGAAAUGAAAACAGUACAAACAGCGCUUCGAUAUUAACCGAAUUUCAACAAAUCUGUCUAUCAACACUAAUUGAUGACGGUGCUCAAGAAAUUGAAAUUGACGUUGCUCAUUUAGGAGGAAACCAUAAAGCAGAGAUUACCAAACUCAUCAAGAACUAUAAACUAGGAAAUUCGAUUGCAUCACCGGUGGAAAUGAAAAUUAUUCUGACAGAUGAAGUGCCAGUAUAUAGCAGACCUAGAAGAUUGCCCAUAGCAGAACAAAAUAUAGUUGAAAAGCAGGUAGCAGAUUGGCUGAAGGCAGGCAUUAUCCAACCCAGCACAUCUGAGUAUGCGUCGCCAGUAGUAUUAGUAUCGAAAAAAGACGGAACUAAAAGAUUAUGUUGCGACUAUAGAAGGCUAAAUCAAAAAAUAGUGCGUGAUAAUUUUCCAAUGACUUUGUUUGAUGAUGUACUUCAACGUUUGGAAAAAGCUAAGGUGUCUACUACAUUGGAUUUGAGAGAUGGAUUUUUCCAUGUGCCUGUGGAGCUUAGUUCGAGAAAGUACACAUCAUUCGUAACUUCUAAUGGCCAGUAUGAAUUCAGAUUUGUUCCGUUUGGUAUUCCAAACUCGCCAGCGUUAUUUUGUAGGUAUAUCGCAGCAGCAUUUCGUGAAUUAAUUCAAGAUGGAACAGUGGUGAUUUAUACGGACGAUAUAAUGAUACCAACAAAGGCCGAAUUGGAAGGAAUUCAAAAACUUAGAAGAGUGUUAGAUUUGGCAAGAACAUAUGGUCUUCAAAUCAAAUGGUCAAAAUGCCAAUUCAUGAAAAGAACUGUAGAUUUUCUGGGCUACGUAAUCGAGAACUCCACAAUUAGGAUUUCAGCAAAGAAGGUGAAGGCGAUAGAUGACUUUCCAAUGACACUAGGUAAGACGGAAUUUCAGCGAUAUCUGGGGUUGACGUCGUAUUUUAGACGGUUCGUUCCGCAGUAUGCGUUGAUUGCAAAACCAAUGACUGAUAUGAUGGGUAAAAACGCGAAGUUAAAAAUUAAUGAAGAAGCAGUAGCAGCAUUUCAACAACUAAAAGUGGCAUUAACUAACCCACCAGUUUUAAAAAUUUAUGAUCCAAAAGCAUACACCGAGAUUCAUGCUGACGCGAGUAAGUACGGUUAUGGUGCCGUAUUGUUACAAAAGGAUGCCGAUGAUGCGCAAUUACAUCCAGUCCAGUACGUGAGUAGGAAAACCAAGCCGGCAGAACAAAAUUAUCACUUCUAUGAGUUGGAAGUUCUAGCAAUUACCAAGGCAUUGAAAAAAUGGAGAGUAUUCGUUUUGGGUACGAAGGUAAGGAUAGUGACCGACUGUAAUGCCUUCGCGAUGACCAUGAGAAAAGACGACGUUCCGCAACGAGUAGCAGGGUGGGCCAUGUAUUUACAACAACUCGAUUAUGUGAUCGAACACCGUACGGGUAGUAAAAUGAGACACGUGGAUGCGCUAAGUCGUGUGGACUGCUUAUUGAUGGAAGAUGCGUUGCAGCAUAGAAUCAAAGAGGCGCAACUGUUGGACGAGUGGAUCCGUGCAGUUAGAAAAAUUAUAGAGAAGAGUAAUUACGAUGACUACUAUAUUAAAUGUGACAUAUUGUAUAAAGAUCCGAACAAGGAGCUCAUGGUGAUCCCAGCUGCUAUGGAGCAAGAAAUAAUAAAAAUCGCACAUCGUCAGUGA